CUUCCACCACCCUACUUUCCUGUCCCAAAUUACAGCCGCCUGCGCUCGCUCCUUCUGCUCCGUGUGAAGAUGUUUUCUCUGGCCUUCGCCAGGUCUCUGGGUUUUGCCCUCAUCCCUCUCGCCACUUGCUGCAUCGUAGCAAACAUCCUGCUCUUCUUUCCCGACGGAAAGAUCAGCUACGUUCAGGUUAAUCAUGUGACCACCUACGUCUGGUACUUCAUGGGAAUCGGUGGAGGUGGUUUGGUGAUGCUGAUACCGGCCUGCGUGUUUCUGGGGAUGGGGAAGUGUGUGGAUUCCUGCGGAACAGACAGCUGUGCGAUGUGUGGUUCGGUGUUUGCGGCUCUGCUGGGAUUAGCUGGAUCAACAUACUGCUUCUUGAUCUCCACUAUUUCACUCUUGAAAGGGCCGUAUUGCUACUCUAAUAAGGAGUGGACGUAUCCUUUUGAGCAAGAUGGCGGAAAGUAUCUGUUUGCUCGAGAGAAGUGGUCUGAAUGCAUUCAGCCAGCACACAUUGUGGAGUGGAAUGUGACGCUGCUGUCCAUCCUGUUGGGUCUCAGCGCCUUGGAGUUCCUCCUCUGUUUCCUGCAGCUCGUCGGCGGACUGGUCAACGCAGUGUGCCGGCCAUGCUGCUACAAACAGGAGUACAGUCUAAACACUUGAGGACGGAGCGUUUUCCAGCCUCGGUCAGUCAGAAACAGGACUGCUCAUCUACAGCAGAGCCGCUGGUUCAUCAGAGAGUCGAUCGAUGGAUCUGUCAAUCAAACACUUCACCAUGCCACGAAAGUCGCUUUGGAUAAAAAAAUGUAAACACUAACACAUUUGAGCUGAAUGCAUCGGGACAUUUCCACAUCACUCCAGCCGAGUUUGUAUUUGUAGUGCAUGUUUUCUGUAUAAAACAAAUAUUUGCAUUGUACACUUCCUGCAAUGUGCAUUUUGCUAAAAUAUAACUGUAUUUUUUGUAUGAGUUCUGUUUGUUUUGUAUUGGAAGAUGUUUUGUAAAUUAUUUAUAUAUUGAGAGUGAUAGAAGUGCAGACGAUGAAUGUUGUUUUAUAUACCUAUAAAAGCUGUUUUAAAUAUUUCCAUCAAUGAAUAAAUAGGUCUUAUGUUA